AUGGAGCGGACAGCUUCCGCCAACAUACCGAAAGACCAGGCGCUUACAGUGCUUUUUUAUGUUGGGCACAGCGUUUUCCAAACGAAACCGUUUCCCGGGAGGAACGCGGGCCUGAAGCUAUUCUGCGCCCUAAGAGAAUUGGAUCAACUUAGCGGUCAGGCAGGGGUGCAAGUAGUUUUCCCUCGCCUUUCAGCAUAUAAACAUCGAAAAUCUGAGGGGAUUGUUCCAUCACUGAACCUCUUAUACAUUCUACAAGUUCCAAAUCUCUUUUCAGCGGUGGCUGCCAUGCAAGCUCUUUAUUUGGUUUUUGGCCAUUUUGCCGAACUUGUUUGCAAUUUCAUGGGAUUCAUCUAUCCGGCCUAUGUAAGCAUAGAAGGCAUCGAAACAGCGACGAAAGAUGACGACACUCAGUGGCUUACUUACUGGGUCGUAUUCGCUGUCCUCUCCGUUGUCGAGUUUUUCUCCCACCAGAUUGUUGCCGUAUUCCCGGUGUAUUGGCUUUUCAAAUCCCUCUUCCUUCUCUGGCUCUAUCUCCCGUCCACCACGGGUGCUACUAAAAUCUAUCACAAAGCCAUCAAGCCAAUCUUUGUGAAGCAUCAUACGACUAUUGACCAACGCUUGAAUAAUAUAGCCGACAAAGCGAAAGAUGGUGAGUGA